AUGUGUUUACCCGGUAUCUGCGACCCCUUCGACCUCGAAGACUGCUGCGGCGGCUCCGGCACGGCCGCGCCCCCGGCCAGACAGCGACCGGUCCAGCAGUUCCAGUCUUCAACCCGCCAGCAGCGAGCGGCAGCCGCCGCCGCCGCCGCCGCCGCCCGCGCACCAAGGCCCACGCAAGGCCAGGGCCAAGGCCAACAGAUGCAAGAUACAUUGCCCACCGUCAACGUGAGCAAGACGCCGCGCGGGGCGAUCGUCUUGGCCGGCGUCCCCAGGGGCUUUCCCAGCAUUCAACCCUAUGAGCAGGGCCAGUUGGUGAGCGGGUAUCUUAGGAACGUCACCAACAGCUAUUCGUUCUCCAAUGCGAAGUACUACCGCACCAGGAAGGGUCUGGUGAUCUUGCAGGGGGCGCAGUUCCGGGCAUUGUAG